UUUAAUAUAUCAGUAGGUGUCACAGCGCGACCUUAUGGACAAACACACCCAUUGCAUGUUCCAAAUUCAAUUGCUGAAUUCGUUUGUGGGGUGCCUUCUCUUGCGGAAAACUAAAUAAUGAUAAUAAUGACGUUAAAACUGCGCACGGUGCAUCUUUUAAAGUCACGUUGGGGGUGGGUGACAGGGGCCUGAAAGACUUCCUUUUUGAGGCCACGCUUAGAAAUGUGGUCCUGACUGCUUCGACAGGAAAUAACGUUCAAGCAGUAGUUCUUGUCAGCCAACUAUGAAGAUGACAGUGAUGGUGCAGAUGGUCGCUUUGUCAAUUGUCUCCGUGCUCCUGCUCUGCUGCUGUCUUACCUCCGCAGACUCUCAGGAUGGUUGUGACGCUUACGCCCCUGUCGGCGGACGUUUUGCUGUGCCUCUCCACCACAAACUACAAAAAUCUGAAAACUUGAGAUGGAGGCACAAUAAGACCAAAAUCUUUGAUCAAAGACCAGACCGGAUGGUUAUAGGAAAGCGGGACGAUGUUUUUCAAAACGGUUCCCUGAAGCUGACAAACCUGGCGAGAAGCAGUGAAGGCAUAUACGUGCCUGAGGUUUAUGAUGAAAAAGGGAAACACGUAAUCGGUCCGAGAAGCCUAUAUUUGUGUGUGUUGGAUCCUGUCUCGAAGCCAGGCUUGAAAAUGGAAUGUGCCUUGCCCGAUGUGAAAUUCACAUGCGUGCCUGGUCAGAUGCCGGAAGUCACUGUCAAGUGGUUUCAGAAUGAUAAGCUUUUGCCCCAGAAAAAUAAGCGGACUGUGGUGCAAGUUGCCCAAAAGGUGGUAGAUGAUUCAUUCACAUGUGAAGUUUCCAAUCAUGUCAGUUCCAUGAGCAGUGAGGGUGUGAUACAAAACUGCACUGGCUCAAGCUCAUCUAUCUUCCCCAAAGAAUUAUUUGGUCUUGAUUUUAGGAUCAUGGUGAGCAUCCUGGCCGGCAUGGGAGGCCUUGCUCUGUUGCUGUUCAUCAUCUUAAUUGUUUGCUGCAUCCGAGCCAUGCGAGAAAAACAAAAACAAGUACAAGAGGAGGAGGAGCUUCGUUUGGGGUGGACCAAUCCCGAAGGACAGCAUCAGCAAUGUCAUCACCCACCUAAUCCUCAUCAUCAUUCGCAUGGUCAACCUGGACGUGGGCGGCGCGGCGAGCCUCCAAGAGGCCAAGCUCAGGGCAGUCCCAGAAGACCAACACAGGACUUGAGAUCUACGAACACACAGCAGCAGGCUCCUCCUCUUCCUCAGCCGAGAAAGAAGGUUGCAGCACAAAGAAUCUGACGGCAUGUGAGGCACCCUCCCAGCAGACACCAUUAAUAUCAUCAUCGCACACUAUUUAGUUCACUUAUUUAACCACUGUACAUAUAAAAGGUCUACACACCCCUGUUGAAGUGCCAAGUUCUUCUGAUGCAAACAUCAUCAGACCUAUAAAAUAAUUCUUCCACCACUCAUGACCUAUGACCUGUCUAACUCAAUUGAU